AUGGGGGCCUCCCUCGCCCACGUUCUCUCCCUGCGCCUGCCCAAUCUCAGACUCACCUCCCUCUCACACCGCUCUCCCUCUACCAUUGCCCGUGCGGCCGCAUCGGGUCCUUCUGUACAAGAGGCGGAUGUGAUUCUGUCUGCGCUGCCCCCGAGCGAGGCUGUCAAGCUUGCCAAGGAAGUAGCGGGGCAUCUGGGGGAGAAGAAGCCGGUCUACAUCGAAGCCAAUGCCGUUUCCCCCGAAACGGUGGCUCACAUAUCGUCCAUCUUUCAACCCCACAAUACUCCCUUCUUGGACGGAUCCAUCAUUGGUUUCCCUGCCACCAACGAUCUCGGCUCCAUUCCAAAACUCUACCUCUCUUCCAGACCUGAAUGGGGCGACAAGCUCCGGGAGGUCGCUGGCGUAUUGAGCGGAGGCGGGGACGGGAAGGGGCUGAGGGUGAGGGUGAUGAAAGAUGCAGGCGAAGGAGGCGCGAGUGCGUUGAAGAUGUGCUAUGGUGGUAUCAAUAAGGGUGCUAUAGGUCUAGCGGCGCUUCUCGUGCUCUCACAAGCUCACUCUCCCGGAACGGCCAAGGCGCUACUCGACGAAAUGAUUGAAUCACAACCUGCUUUUACGCAAAAGUUGCCCAAGGCUUAUCGAUGGGUUGGAGAGAUGGAAGAGAUCUCUGCCUUUAUUACAGCGUCAAUCAUAGGCACUCCCUUGGCAUCGCAACAUACUAAUUCGGCGGAUACGUUCCAGGGACUCGCGCAAGUUUUUCAGCGUAUAGCGGACGAUCUGAAGCAGAAAGAAUCUGUGGAAAAGAAGGAUGAGGAGGUGAAAGGGCUUCUGGACUGGGCUGAAGAAGGAAAGUCUGAGCUGGAGAGGCGACAUUCAAAGUGA